UUAAACUUUGGAUCAAUACAUCUAAAGCUCUCUCUCUCUCUCUCAGUCAUGUUGUCCUUGGCUGCCCUCUCGCUCCGUCUCGGGGUCUCCGGUUUCCAAGGAAGCAGUCGCUCCAUAGCAACCAUCGUCUCCGGCAACAAGACCUCUAAGUUGGUGAGGGAGAGGCUGAGGAUGGAGGUGGAGAAGAUGAAGAGUCACUUCUCAGGGUUCAGACCAGGUCUGGUUGUCUUACAGGUAGGAGACAGAGACGACUCCAACCUGUACAUCAGCUCCAAACUGAAGGCGGCUGCAGAGAUUGGAAUCGAUGCGAAACAUGUGCGGCUGCCGAACACAGCGACGCAGGACGAGGUCCUGCAGAGCAUCAUGUCCGUCAAUGAGAACCCGUUGGUCCACGGUCUGAUCGUCCAGCUGCCUCUGGACUCUGUCAAUCCCAUCGACACUGAACUCGUCACCAACGCCGUCUCUCCGCUGAAAGACGUGGACGGUCUGAGCUGUAUUAAUGCAGGGAAGUUGUCUCGAGGAGAUCUGAAUGACUGUUUCAUCCCCUGCACCCCCAACGGCUGUAUGGAGCUAAUCAGACAGACAGGAACGACUCCUGAGAAAAUGCAUGAAAGGUCCUGGGAGAAUGAUCUUCUUAAACAGAGGCGGUCUGUGGGGGGGAACACGGCGGUGGUGAUUGGUCGCAGUAAGAUUGUCGGAGGCCACCGGAUGCACGAACCUGCUGCUGUGGAACCACGCUCUGUGGGCCUGGCUGAUAUCCUGGUGGUGGGGUGCAGGGAGGCAGAUGGAUGGUGA